AUGGCCUCUCAGUUCUCAUCAGUUUUACCUGAAAAGGACACCUCUCAUAUUCGAGCAACUAAAAGGAUGGGUGAUCCAUGUGGAAACCCCCUAGCACAGACUAAUUAUCAGUUUGAGUUACAUGAUUUCAUUGAUGAAGCCAACUUUGAUCAAUACAUUGAUCUGAUUCGAGGAGAGAAUGAAAUAACUGGUUUGGAUUGUGAUCUUAUCAAUGGCUUGUUGGUAGAUAGCCAAUUUGGUCAGACCCCAGGAGAUAUAUUUGAUUGUGGUCUUAUCAAUUAUGCUGCUACGCACACGUCUAGUACAAUGGAACAGGAUCCAAAUUACGUCCCCAUUGCAUUGCCAAGUUUUGAUGGGGACACGAGAGGAGGAGCUGAAAAAGAUACUGAUGAUGAAGACUCUUCUGGAACCACUACAACGACGACGACGAAGAAAACGAAAACAGAUCGAUCAAGGACAUUGAUUUCAGAGCGAAGGAGGAGGGUUAGGAUGAAGGAGAAGCUCUAUGCUUUGCGGGCCUUGGUUCCUAAUAUAACUAAGAUGGACAAGGCCUCCAUUGUUGGGGACGCUGUACUAUAUGUGCAAGACCUGCAAAUGCAGGCCAAGAAGCUAAAAGCUGAUAUUGCCAGCCUUGAAUCAUCCUUAACAGGAUCAGAAAGAUAUCAAGAGUCAAAUAGAAAUCCAAGGAAGGUUCAAAAUGCAAGUAACAACCAUCCAAUUCGCAAGAAGAUCAUCAAGAUGGACGUGUUUCAAAUAGAAGAAAGAGGGUUUUACGUGAGAUUGGUGUGCAACAGUGGAGAAAGGGUUGCUGCCUCGCUUUUUCGGGCUCUCGAGUCCCUUACAAGCUUCAUUGUUCAAAACUCAAACUUGACUACAGCUCCUGAGGGAUUUAUUUUAACAUUUACUUUAAACGUUAAAGAGAGUGAGCAGAACAUGAAUUUGCCAAAUUUGAAGCUAUGGGUCACUGCAGCUCUUUUGAACCAAGGAUUUGAACUUUUAACUGCUUAA